CGAAAAAAGUCUAGGUGUUGAGGAGAAAAAGAGAGGCAAAUUUUCUUUUCCGCCGGAAGAAGAAUUAAGAAAACUUUUAAAAAGAGUGGAGCAGCCUAAUUAUCGUCGCGUGAAUAUUGGCUUGCGACCUAAUGCUACGCCCACUGAAAAAGCCAAAUAUAAACUCUGUAAAGAUAUUUUGCGUUAUAAGCAAGAAAACCAACUUAAAACCGAAGAUGUUGCUCAACAUUUAGGAAUAAGUAUCGCCGAGGCGGA